GGGAAACGGGCCCCGGGUUGGUGUUUGUAAACUUGCCUCGGUCCCGGCAGGGCAGCGGCGGCCACGGGGUUGGCACGGUGUGCUGGGGCCUGGAGGAGGCGCCGCGCGGUGGGGGAGACAGCGGGAGGCCGCGCCUGGCAGGUUUCUGAAAUAGAUCGUGAACUUCAACGGGAGGAUUCAGUUGGAAAACCAAGACUGGCAGACUUUUUCUACAGAUCGUAGGCAGGAGCCAGGCAGAGCGCAGAGAUUCUUGGAACAUCUACCUUCCGCUUGGAGGACACUAAGUUCUAUUUGAAGACAAAGGCAGUUCAAUAUGGCAGCGGGACUGAAGGGACACGAAGGAGUUGUUACAGUGAUUUGGUGACAGUUCUUCAAACAACAGUGUCUUAGGAAAGGUGGAUCAAGAAACUCCUGAAGUUUUGGGUUGCAUUAAGUGAGAAAUCAGCAUGGCUCAGGCAAGUCUCCUGGCUUGUGAAGGCCUAGCAGGUGUGAGUUUGGUUCCCACUGCAGCCAGCAAGAAGAUGAUGCUGAGCCAGAUUGCCAGCAAGCAGGCCGAGAAUGGAGAGCGGGCAGGUAGCCCUGAUGUGCUGAGGUGCUCAAGUCAGGGUCACCGAAAAGACAGCGAUAAGUCCCGGAGUCGCAAAGAUGACGACAGCUUAGCUGAGGCCUCUCAUUCAAAGAAGACUGUUAAAAAGGUGGUGGUAGUGGAACAAAAUGGUUCUUUUCAAGUAAAGAUCCCCAAAAAUUUUAUUUGUGAGCACUGCUUUGGAGCCUUUAGGAGCAGUUACCACCUCAAGAGGCACAUCCUUAUUCAUACUGGUGAGAAGCCAUUUGAAUGUGACAUAUGUGACAUGCGCUUCAUCCAGAAGUACCACCUGGAGCGUCACAAGCGUGUGCACAGUGGUGAAAAGCCCUACCAGUGUGAACGGUGUCAUCAGUGUUUUUCUCGGACAGAUCGAUUACUCAGACACAAACGGAUGUGCCAAGGGUGCCAGUCCAAGACUUCCGACGGGCAGUUUUCUUUAUAGGCGCAAGGGGCCCUGGGUGGUGGGAGUGAUCAGAAGAAUUUACCGAAGAGCGCACCCCCUCUGGUCUGAUGGUCCCACCACCACCCCGUCUGUACCUGUCCCCCUCCUGGAGGAGUGACCCAGGAGACCAGAAGAGUGCAUCAGGGGACAGCAGCCUCAGAGCCUCAGCUCUGUAAAUAAUCUGAGACUAUGAGUAUCUCGGGGAAGUUCCUACAGCAUUCCUGGGUAGGGAAGCUAGUCCCUGGACCCUUGGCUGAGGUUAUAGGUGGGGACUGAAGGUACAGGACCAAGACUGGUGUGGCUCCCACAACCUUGGACUCCAGCUGGCAGCUGAAAUGGAAAGGAUUGGGGAGAGGGAUUUGUUUGUUUGUUCUGUUCUUGUUUUUGUUUAUCCAAAAGCAAUUUUAGCAGCUACACUGUGGAUACAGGUAAUAUGGAGGCAUAGAGCCCUGGUCAAAGCAGGGACUAUGGCUGGUCCAUCCCUCCCCAAAAUUGAGUUUUUAGUUGCAGUUGAUCCUCAGCGUUCACAGCCCUGCACCUCAGCUUCUGUUUGAAGGAGAGAAGGCUCAGGGAUGGCAGCUGGGUUUACCUGGGUCUCCUUACACACUGUAGGGACAGAAGGCUCGGGGAUGGCAGCUGGGUUUACCUGGGUCUCCUUACACACUGUAGGGACAGAAGGCUCGGGGAUGGCAGCUGGGUUUACCUGGGUCCCCUUACACACUGUAGGGACAGAAGGAAGAAUGGCGGGAGGAGCAGACAAGGGUGGGGUCCAGCUAGAGUGGGCAGGUACCUGUUCCUUCCUCUGGGGAAGAGCAAGAGCCGUGCCCACGGCUGUUGCAAUGGCCCAGGCCACCCUGGUAUCUGAUGGCGUCAGCUCAAGUGCCUUGUGGAGGGAACUUGGGUGAGAGCGGCCCACGGAGCCCUUCAUGCCCUCUUUGGGCGCUCGAUCUUGGAGAUAGUGUGUGGCUACCUCGCUGCCGUUGACUCCUGAGCCAGACAGAGGUAUUGAGCAGGUAGUCAUGGGUAUCAAUGGGGGCUCUCUCUCCCCGUGCCCUCUUCGGAACAACCCGAGACUAGUCCCAAGUUGAGCAACAACUGUUCAAGAAACAGAGGAGUUUGGGGUCCCCUGACAUGACUGUUGAGCAGUGUUAGCUGCUCUCCCUGCCCAAGUCCUAUCACUGUAUUCAGGUAGAGGAGAUAGGGGUGUGGCCUUCGGUCCCAAAGAAUAAGAUCUUCGCUUCCUUCUUAAUGGCCAUCCCUACCCAACAGAGUUGGGGGGAGGGGGGUGCUGCAGAGAAAGGACUGAGGAAGAAACCUAUUGUAGGUUUUAUUCUUAAUCAUAUUCUUUGCUUCUGCCCCAACACCACCACCCUAUCCACCCCCAAAAAAGUGAUCAGGGGUGUGUGUGCGUGCGUGCGUGUGUUCAUUCAAAUGUGUGCUUGUGUUCGUAUGCUUGGAGAUGGCAUAUUAUUGAGCCAAACCUUUCUCGGGCCCUCAACUCAGGGGAGGAUGAGCAUGAAACAGCCCCACCACCACCACCAAAUCUGAGGGUGCUUGAGGUCGCAGCAGGGGCUGAGGAACUCCAUUUAGGGGAGUGAAGGGCUUUGUGUUGGAGGGAUUUUUGUUUGUUUUUUUGAUUGAUCGAAGGGGCUGGUUAGGGUGUUUAACCCAACCCAAAGCUUGUAAACAUGAAUUUUCUAAAGUGAAAUAAGCCCUCUUCCUGCUAUGGAAGGUGCUGGGGUUUGGUUGGCCCCCGCUGUGGCCUGCCCUGACCUGUAGGGGCGAGUAAUCAUGGAGUAAUCAUGGAGGCUUGGUGAACCUGUCCACCCUGUCAGUGGGGGUCUCAGAUGGCAGCUCCAGGCAGUGAGACUUUGUUUCCUAGAAAAUGUAGGGAACAGCAGCAGAAAGCUCCUGGCUGUUACCCACGUGGGUGGGGAGGGGGCUCUAUACCUCUGAAAUGUGAGGGUUUCAGGGGAAAAGAAAGGUGUGGCACCCUUCAGAUUUUCCCUGAUGGCACCUGAGAUCCCUGGGAAGAGGCACUGGGGAAUGCGUUUGUCGCCUGUGCUCUUCCGGCUUUAUGCUGGCACUUGAUUUUAUGUGGUCCAGAACCUAGACCUCAGUCCUUGAAGCUGCCCUGUGGUCCCCGCAAGCUGGCUAUCUUCCUACGCGUCAGGGAGCCCCUUUUCUGUUAGAGGGCUCUGCCGGGGCUGGAAUCUCUCAUUUACCUCUGGGAGUAUGUUCUUGGAAGGGGGCUACAGUUAGAAAACUCCCACGAGCACUUCUGAAAGUAGGAGGCUUCAUUCCCUGCCAUUUGCAGUUAAUCUGUUUAGGGUUGGAGUGUGUAUGGAGAGAAUCCCCUGAGUGACCUAUGCCCCUAUGUGUGCGAUGUGUGCUUAGGUCACAGUGUGCCAUGGCCCCCCACAGCCUCGGCCUCCUGCUAGAGUGGGUGGGGGAGGGAGCUGGUGAGCAGAUGUGUAGAGCCAUACCAGAAGCACCCCUGCCAAGGAUUGGGUGUGGGGGACACUCAGGAGCAGGUAGGUGGCUAGUUCAGUCGUCCGGGUGCUGAGGUUCUGGGGCCAAGGAUGUGAGGAGAGAGGAGCAAAGAGGUGAAAGGAGUGAUUCAGCCUCCCAGAGGGCCCAGAAGCCCCACUUACACCCCAGGGAAACCACAGACGAAGAGCGCUGCAGAGGCUUCUGGGCCCAGCGCCCCAGCCCUCCUCAGCUGGUGGGGUCUAGCACUGGACAGAUGCCUCAGGUGCGUUUGGAGUGAAGGGAAAGGGAGCUAGGGCAGGCUCUCAGAGACCAGGACGUGGAUUUUGGGGACCUGGAAAGAGUAGCACCAGUUCUGGGUGGGCCUUUGUACUGGGCCCUACCAGCCCUGCCCUUCCCUGCACCCCAGCUCUUCUCCGUCCACCCCACAACAGCCUCUCUCAUCACUUAGCUACUGAUUGUGCCCUAUGGCUUGACAUUGGAGGGUUAAAUGAGACGUGGGGUCCGCCACAACUUCUAACCCUCUCCCCAGAUGCUCUUUGCCUCUGCUGCAGUCCUGGGGCUUUUAUCUUAACAAUCCCUCCAACUCUUCCUCUCUGCCCUCUCCCUCCCUCCCUCCCUCUCUCUUUUUUUUUUAAUAUACUUAUUUUGCUAUUGGGGGAGGGGAAUAUCAAAUGAACAAGAUCACUUUUAAAUGGUAGUUUUUAUAAGAUGUUAUAAACUUGUAUCUUUUUACCAUUAAAGUGCAGUGUAUGUUCCUUCGUGAUAUAUUUAGGAUAUUUAAAUAAAAAGAAAAUGGGGCUUUUCUACAUA